AUGCGAGCGAGUAACCAAGCAGCCGAAAAUGACGCGAAAAUAGCUGACGAGGAGCGUGAACAAGAUUUGGAAAUGGCAAUUGAACUAAGAUAUAAUACUGUUUUUGACAUUUAUAUCAACGAUAUGUUCAAACUGAUUUAUGAAAAUCGUCCUAGUACUCCAGAAACAUGGUUAUUUGCUACAGCUAAGACAGAUUCAACUGUCCGUCAACUAGAUGCCCAGCGAAAGAGCUAUCUGCUAGAAUUUGUUGCACAAGCUAAGCUCAUCGGAAACAACGUGGUUGUGAGUAGACAAGAUGUGGAUCUUGGAUAUAUCCGGUUGAACGGGAUGACUUUUGAUUAUGUUAACCUGAGUGGUUUACGAGGUAUUGAACGGCGUAAUGUAAAAUAUGCCCACCUUGAUGCCGUUUCUAUGAGAAAUUCACACUUUGACUAUGUUGACCUGGAGCAAGCCACAUUCGACGAGUCUUGUCUCAUAGCCGUCAACUUUUUGGAGUCAAACCUAAGGAACGCUAGUUUUCAUGGUACCCAAUUACAGAAUGCUAGUUUUCGUGAUAGCCAAUUACAGAAUGUAGAUUUCACGGGUGCUGACUUGAAUGGAGCAUUGUUUAUGAAUGUAAAUUUAACAGGGACAACAUUCUCGGACAAACAAAACAAUGUAUCUAUAUUUCUUAAUACGACAAUACCACCUUCUUUUCUCGGUUCAACUUCAAAUUCGUUAACUUUUGCAUCGACGAGUACUCAGUCGUCAAGUACCACUUCACAAGUGAUUGAUUACACCGAUUCAGCUGGUAUGAAGGUAAUCAACUGGAUGAACUACACAUGGAAAGUGAGAAAUGAGGAUAAUAUGUUCCCUGGGCCAAACAACUGGUCGAAAGAUAAUGUUUGGACUGACUCGAACAAUCAGCUUCAUUUAAAAAUAAGACGCUUGAACAAUGAAACGUGGACAUGUGCUGAGCUGUACACUAGUCAAGCGUUUAGUUUCGGCACAUAUCAGUGGUUUAUUGAAGGAGCAUUGGAUAAAUUCAGUCCCACCAUUGUUCUCGCUCUAUCUGUUUCUGGUUGUUGUCCCAUAGGCUCAAAUGAAGUUAAUAUCCAAAUGUCUAAAUGGAAUAACACAUCGGAGUCAGUACCUAAUUUGUUCUACACGGUCUAUCCUAACACUACUGAACAACCGAGAGAUUCAGCUAACACCACGAUGAAACUGAAUAGUACCUAUACCACGCAUCGAUUUCAAUGGACUACCAACCAAAUUGUUUGGGAAAGUCUGCACGGAUUCAACGAUACGGUCAUGUUUUUCAACUAUACAACACCCCCGACAUACGAAUCAUUCGUGCCUCAGACCGCGGCACCUGUACACAUGAAUCUAUGGCUGUAUGAGGGACUAGCAUCACCCGAAACCGAAGAAAUUGAAAUAGUUUUUCAUGGUUUUACAUUCAGUAAUGCUAAUUUGUCUUGA